UUCGCUAUAAAUUAUCUUCCCACCUUAUUUCUCCCCUAAACCCUAAAUUAGGUGGCUCACAAAAACCCUAGCCACUCUUCUCCUCCGCCUAACCCUCUUUCUCAUCCAAAAUGACAGGAGAACCGGUCAACCCAAAAGCAUACCCACUAGCAGAUGCUCAGUUAACAACCACGAUUUUGGAUCUUGUUCAACAAGCUGCCAACUACAAGCAGCUUAAAAAGGGAGCUAAUGAAGCUACUAAGACCCUUAACAGAGGUAUCUCGGAGUUCGUUGUCAUGGCUGCGGAUACCGAGCCCCUUGAGAUUCUGCUGCAUCUUCCUUUACUUGCUGAAGAUAAGAACGUCCCCUAUGUAUUUGUCCCUUCAAAGCAAGCACUUGGUCGAGCAUGUGGGGUCACAAGACCUGUAAUUGCAUGUUCGGUCACGACAAAUGAAGGAAGCCAAUUGAAAUCCCAAAUACAACAACUCAAGGAUGCUAUUGAGAAGCUCUUGAUCUAGAAUAGUAUGAAACUCAUUUUCGGUGUGAUGGGCCUCUUGGAUUGUUGUGGUCGCUCCUUUAGAGGCUUUGACUGAUGAAGUUGUGCCACUAGCGAGCCAGUCUUUUAGUAUUUGACCUCAAAUAUGAUUGUUGUGUCGUAUUCUGUUUUCUUAUGAAUUGGGAAAGAGGAUAAUAUUGAAUUAAUGUUUACUAGAACUUGGUAUGGAUGAUGCAAUUAAUUAAUGUAGCUUGUUUAAUAUGUUUUGUUUGCC